UCCCUUUGCAAAUCCUUAUAAGCCAAAACCUUAGUAUUUUCAGCCGUUUCUUAUUGUUUUGGAAAAGAAUAGUCUAACAUUACUCGCAACAUGAAACAUAAAGAUGUUAGCGAACGAGUGUUUUUUUACUUAGACGAAGAUGGAGAUGGCAUGAUAUCGUUCGUGGAGUUGCGACGAUAUAUCGCGGCAGUAAGGGGCGAAAUGGGUGAGGUGGACGAGAUAGUGAAGUUGUUGGAUAUAGACGGAGAUGGAUGUUUAGAAUUAGAUGAUUUUGUAAAGUUAAUGGAUGGAUCAGAGGAAGAAGGGAAGAUGAUAACAGAGUUGAAAGAAGCUUUCGAGAUGUAUUUAAUGGAUGGGUAUGAAUGUAUUACACCUAAGAGUCUGAGAAAAAUGCUUAAUCAACUUGGUGAAUCGAAGAGUAUUGAAGAAUGUAGGGUUAUGAUUAGUCAGUUUGAUCUUAAUGGCGAUGGUGAACUUAACUUUGAUGAAUUUAAGGUUAUGAUGUUGUGAUAUGCUUGCUUCAUACAUGUAAACUUUGUUUCCGAAAUAUGCCAGAGGUUUUGUUGGUAUGCUUUCUCUCAUAAGCGAAUCCGCUACGAAGGGAAAAUGUUUAGACUAGUGUUUUGUAAUGUUGUAGUAUUGUUGACUUUUUAGCUUGUCUUUUUUUUCUUUUCUUUUGAUCAAUAACUUUUUACCUUGUCAGUGUAAUUUCCCCCCGUCUUAAUAUACAACCUU